AUGAGAAAGUCCGCGUCUUCUGUCCAGCCGUCUUCUCGUCCCGCGCCAAGUGAUACCCGGCUCACCCAUUUGCCAAGUAACCCUAAGGAGGCGAAGCCACAAGAAGAUGACCGUGUUCAAUUCUUCCUCCUGCUCGAAGAUCUCACUGCUGGAAUGAACAAGCCUUGCGUGCUAGACCUCAAGAUGGGCACUCGGCAGUAUGGCUUGGAGGCAACGGAGAAGAAGAAAAAGUCCCAGCGACGGAAAUGCCAGUCAACAACAUCACAGCAGCUGGGAGUCCGUCUUUGUGGAAUGCAAGCUUGGAAUGUCAAGAAGCAGGAAUACAUCUUCGAAGACAAGUAUUUUGGACGUGACUUGAAAUCCGGUCGUGAGUUCCAAGACGCUCUCACCCGCUUCUUGUAUGAUGGAGUCAGCUAUACAAGCGUCGCCAAGAAGAUUCCGAUCAUCCUGGAGAAGCUGGCUGUUUUGGAAUCCAUGAUUCGAAGACUGAAGAGAUAUCGCCUUUAUGCCAGCAGCUUGUUGAUCCUGUAUGACGGCGAGCAAGCUGCCCCUCCACCAAAUCCCAGCCAUCAGACCGAGAACCCUACCAAUGGGAGCAAAUCCAAGGACGGCCACAACAAUGUGGACGUGGAAUUAAAAAUUGUGGAUUUUGCCAACUGUGUGACUGGAGAAGACGAGAUCCCACCAGACACUCCUUGUCCUCCUCAUCAUCCCAAUGAUAUUGAUCGUGGGUAUCUGCGCGGUCUUCGCACUCUGCGCAUAUACUUCCAGCGGAUUCUGAAAGAAGUAACAAAGGAUGAAUUCCUUGAACGCGGCGAGGGUGAGGGCAUUGCUACUGGUGCCCAGCCUGCUGAUGUUCCUGAUAUGCCGUCAAACCAGUUCUGGGAUGAUAACGUGAUGGAGCAGGAUGUCGGGGAAGUUAGUUUCUAA